UCGCGGAGCGCCGGGCUGCGAGCCGAGGACCGGGAUCCGCAGGGAGCUGUCCGCGGUGCGCGCGCCGGAGCGGAGCGGGGCUCGCCGGCCUCCGAGGCUCCGAGGAUAUCGCUCCUGCGACAAGUCUGCGGAGGGCACACGAGUGCGCGGCGAGGUGGCCGCGGCCCUGGGUCCCUCGCGCUCGCGGCUCAGUGCGGCUCGGCCGGCCGAGGUUAUGGACUCAGAGGAUGACCCCUUGCUGCAGGACUUGUGGCUAGAGGAAGAGCAGGAGGAGGAAGAAGCCACAGGGGAGCCCGUUAGGGGGGCCCAGAUGUCAGGGCCCCGGCCCCGGGCAGGCGGCCAGUGUUGCUGGCGGCGCUGGACUCUUCCGUCCCGGCCCCCAGACUCUGGUUUCUGGAGCACCCUGGGCUGGGCCUUCACCAACCCGUGCUGCGCCGGGCUAGUGCUCUUUCUGGGCUGCAGCAUCCCCAUGGCCUUGUCGGCUUUCAUGUUCCUCUAUUACCCACCGCUGGACAUUGACAUCUCUUACAACGCCUUUGAGAUCCGCAACCACGAGGCCUCCCAACGCUUCGACGCCCUAGCGUUGGCGCUCAAAUCUCAGUUUGGAUCCUGGGGUCGCAACCGGCGGGACUUGGCAGACUUUACAUCUGAGACGCUUCAGCGCCUCAUCUCGGAGCAACUACAGCAGCUCCAUCUCGGAAAUCGCUCGCGCCAGGCUUCCAGAGCUCCGCGCGCUGUCCCGGCGGCCACCUGGAACACCUAUGUAAGGCAAAAGCCAAUAGCCAAUCAGGGUGGGCGUCUUAGGCGUGAGGCCCCGCCCCCGAAGGAUCUAGCAGCCAACCAGAGUGGCCCUUCAGAGGAUCCGCCCACGGGCAACAGUGGGCGGUACCAGCCUAGUGUUCCGCCCCCCACGACUGCAGCGACCAAUCAGAGCCGUGCCCGCCGGGGCGCCUCGCGCUGGGACUACUCAAGGGCCUAUGUGAGCGCCAACACCCAGACCCAUGCGCACUGGCGCAUCGAGCUUAUCUUCCUUGCUCGCGGUGACGCGGAGCGCAAUAUUUUCACCAGUGAGAGACUGGUCACGAUCCACGAGAUUGAGCGCAAGAUCAUGGACCACCCGGGUUUCCGGGAGUUCUGCUGGAAGCCCCACGAGGUGCUCAAAGACCUGCCCCUCGGCUCCUACUCCUACUGCUCCCCGCCCAGCUCGCUCAUGACCUACUUCUUCCCUACCGAGAGGGGCGGCAAGAUCUACUAUGAUGGCAUGGGCCAGGACCUGGCGGACAUCCGGGGCUCCCUAGAGCUGGCCAUGACUCACCCGGAGUUCUACUGGUACGUGGAUGAGGGCCUCUCCGCUGACAAUCUGAAGAGCUCCCUGCUGCGCAGUGAGAUCCUGUUUGGGGCGCCUCUGCCCAACUACUACUCAGUGGACGACCGCUGGGAGGAGCAGCGGGCCAAGUUUCAGAGCUUCGUGGUCACCUACGUGGCCAUGCUGGCCAAGCAGUCCACUAGCAAAGUCCAGGUCCUCUAUGGCGGGACCGACCUCUUUGACUAUGAGGUGCGCAGGACCUUCAACAACGACAUGCUCUUGGCCUUCAUCAGCAGCAGCUGCAUUGCCGCCCUUGUCUACAUCCUCACCUCCUGCUCAGUGUUCCUGUCCUUCUUCGGGAUUGCCAGCAUCGGCCUCAGCUGCCUGGUGGCACUCUUCCUGUACCAUGUGGUCUUUGGCAUCCAGUACUUGGGCAUCCUCAACGGUGUGGCUGCCUUUGUGAUAGUGGGCAUCGGUGUGGAUGAUGUGUUCGUGUUCAUCAACACGUACCGCCAGGCCGUGCACCUGGAGGACCCACAGCUGCGCAUGAUCCAUACCAUCCAGACGGCGGGCAAGGCCACCUUCUUCACCUCCCUGACCACGGCCGCUGCCUAUGCUGCCAACGUAUUCUCCCAGAUCCCGGCCGUGCACGACUUCGGGCUCUUCAUGGCGCUCAUUGUGUCCUGCUGCUGGCUGGCCGUGCUCUUUACCAUGCCCGCCGCGCUGGGCCUCUGGAGCCUCUACCUGGCGCCGCUGGAGGGCUCCUGCCGGGCUAGCUGCCACCAGAAGUGUGGCCGCAAGAGCUCCUUGCACUUCCCGGGGGAUGUGUUUGCCACCGCUGAGCGGGCUGGGGACAGCCCUGCCCAGGGCCCCAUACCCUACCUGGAUGACGACAUCCCCCUGCUGCAUGUGGACGAGGAGCCCGUGUCACUGGAGCUGGGAGAUGUGUCCCUCGUGUCUGUGCCCGCCCUUGGCCUGCAGCCAGCCCCCGACACAGACAGCCGGGGCCAGCUUCUCGGACAGCUGCAGGAACUGCUACACCACUGGGUCCUGUGGUCAGCAGUCAAGAGCCGCUGGGUCAUCGUGGGGCUCUUCGUGUCCACCCUCAUCCUGUCCCUGGUGUUCGCCAGCCGGCUCCGCCCUGCCAGCCGAGCACCACUGCUCUUCCGGCCCGAUACGAACAUCCAGGUGCUGCUGGACCUCAAGUACAACCUGAGCGCCGAGGGCAUCUCCUGCAUCACCUGUUCAGGUCUGUUCCAGGAGAAGCCUCACAGCCUGCAGAGCAACAUCGGGACAUCGCUGGAGAAAAGGAAGCGAGGCUCUGGGGCUCCCUGGGCCGGCCGACCUGAGGCCACCCCACAGGACAUGGCAAGCACUGUGUACAUCUCCAAGGUGAAGAAUAAAGGUCGCCCAGCUGUCUACAGGCUGUCCCUCAAUGCCAGCACACCCGCCCCGUGGCAGGCCGUGGCCCCUGGGGACGGAGAGGUGCCCUCCUUCCAGGUGUAUAGAGCGCCUUUUGGUGACUUCACCAAGAAGCUGACCGCUUGUAUGUCUACAGUAGGGCUGGUCCAGGCCGCGAGCCCCGCCCGCAAGUGGAUGCUGACGACCUUGGCCUGUGACGCCAGGCGGGGCUGGAAGUUUGACUUCAGCUUUUACGUGGCCGCCCAGGAGCAGCAGCACACCCGGAAGCUGUACUUUGCCCAAUCCCACAAGCCCCCCUUCCACGGGCGCGUGUGCACGGCACCCCCCGGCUGCCUGCUCAGCUCCAGCCCUGACGGGCCAACCAAAGGCUUCUUCUACGUGCCCAGCGAGAAAGUGCCCAGGGCCCGCCCCUCGGCCACAUUUGGCUUCAACCCCUGCGUGAACACGGGCUGCGGGAAGCCGGCGGUGCGGCCUCUGGUGGACACCGGGGCCAUGGUCUUCGUGGUCUUUGGCAUUCUUGGCAUCAACCGCACCCACCAGCUGGACAACCACGUCCUUGGAGAGCCGGGCAGCGUCAUCUACGACAGCAGCUUUGACCUCUUCAAAGAAAUCGGGCACCUGUGUCACCUCUGCAAGGCCAUCGCUGGCAACUCAGAGCUGGUGAAGCCCGGCGGGGCCCAGUGCCUGCCCUCAGGCUACAGCAUCUCCACCUUCCUGCGGAUGCUGCACCCAGCGUGCAAGGAGCUGCCUGAGCCCAACCUUCUGCCCGGGCAGCUGUCCCACGGGGCGGUGGGCGUCAAGGAGGGCCGCGUGCAGUGGAUCUCCAUGGCCUUCGAGUCGACCACCUACAAGGGCAAGUCCUCCUUCCAGACCUACUCGGACUACCUGCGCUGGGAGAGCUUUCUCCAGCAGCAACUGCAGGCCCUCCCGGAGAGCUCAGCCCUGCACCACGGCUUCCAGACCUGCGAGCACUGGAAACAGAUCUUCAUGGAGAUCAUAGGAGUGCAGAGCGCCCUGUACGGCCUGGUCCUCUCCCUGCUCAUCUGUGUGGCCGCGGUGGCCGUGUUCACCACCCAUAUCCUGCUCCUGCUGCCCGUGCUUCUGAGCAUCCUAGGCAUCGUCUGCCUGGUGGUGACCAUCAUGUACUGGAGUGGCUGGGAGCUGGGCGCCGUGGAAGCCAUCUCGCUGUCCAUCCUGGUGGGCUCCUCCGUGGAUUACUGCGUGCACCUGGUGGAGGGCUACCUGCUGGCUGGAGAGAACCUGCCCCCCCACCAGGCCGAGGACCCCUGCGCACAGCGCCAGUGGCGGACACUGGAGGCCGUGCGGCACGUGGGCGUGGCCAUCGUGUCCAGCGCCCUCACCACCGUCAUCGCCACCGUGCCGCUCUUCUUCUGCAUCAUCGCCCCCUUCGCCAAAUUCGGCAAGAUCGUGGCACUCAACACGGGCGUGUCCAUCCUCUACACGCUCACCGUCAGCACUGCCCUGCUGGGCGUCAUGGCCCCCGGCUCCUUCACCCGGACCAGGACUUCCUUCCUCAAGGCCCUGGGCGCUGUGCUGCUGGCGGGGGCCCUGGGGCUGGGCACCUGCCUCGCGCUCCUCCACAGUGGCUAUAAGAUCCCCUUGCCCAGUGGGGCAGCCCUAUAGCCCCGCUGGGUCCUGACUGAUGCACCUCGGCCUGGAGGGUAGGGCCCAGCCCGCCCAGAGACCCUGGAGUCCCAGCCUGGCCACCCUGGAGUCCACACCACGUGCCUACAUUGUAGGCGUCACAGCUAGAGCUGAGCUGGGGCUGAUGGCAGCUGCCACCAUGCCCAGCUGAGCCUCAGGCAGCCUUGCUAGGCUCUGUCCACAGUGCCCCGGUCCAGCCCUCCUCCUGUGCCCAGUCACCAGGGGGCAGGUGAUCACCUUGGGGGCUCUCCCCUCACAUGUCCAGUGCUCACAGCCUGCAGGAGUAGGGGUUUUGAGUGCCCCAUUCUACAGACGUGGAAACUGAGGCACCGGGGAGCACAGUGACGGUCCUGGGGCUGGAUUAGCACAGAGCCAGCAGUGCCACCAAGGCCAGACUUCUGCAGGAAGAGCACAGAAGGUUCAAGUGGGGACCUCACGUGUCUGCUCCUUGUCCUCUCCCCUCAUCUUUGGCCACUGCUGGGUGACACCUGCAUCCUCUGUAGGCCGUUUGUUGCAGGCCAUGAGGGCAGGGGCACCAGCCUGGGGUUGUGCAUGUCCCAGUCCUGGCCCCGAGCUGGGGCUGCCUCCCGAGGCCCUCCUGGGCUGAGGUUCAGCAUGACUUUCCGCACAAGCCCAAGCCCCAUCUCCCCUGACGCGGCUCCGAGGGUGAUUUGUGGGGGCAGCCUGGUGGGGAGAGCUGGCAGGGCCCGGCGCCCGCUCAUGGCAGAUGGUUCCUAUUAAAGCGAAAUGAAACUGCA